UUCCAUUCUCACUCCGCAUCGAUUCUUUUCCGUUAUCGCGUACAUGCAUUCUCUUCUCUCUAUUCUUUGCGUUUUUAAUCCGUUGUCAUCGUCGCCGCUCUAACCACGCUUCGCUCCACAGUUUGCGGAUUGUUCUUUUUGUGUUCUUUAUCGUAUUUAUGGAAUCUUUUCGAUGGUUGUUUGUUUCUAGUCCGAUCAAACUAUGCAGUCGUUGUUUGUAUUGUGAGACGGGAUUAAAUCUUUUUUGUUUCGAAAAUUUAAAUUAGAAAGAAAGAUGAAUAAUAUUUUAGGUUAGGUUUGUUUGGACUGGAUUAAUAAAACUGGACUGAAAAAGUGAAAAGUGAAAAGAUAUGUUAUGCUGUGAUGGUAGCGAAUGUGCCUUGUUUUCCUUUUUUUAAGUGUUUCUCAAUCAAUUGCUUGAUGGUUGUUUGGGAUGAGGUUAUUGUGUAUUGUUGAUUAUGAUUUUAUUUUUUUAACUAUGGGAUUUAACUUUAGGGUUAGCAUUUAAAGUUGCUGAAUACUGAUUGAUGUUUGACAGUUGAAAGCUGUUUGUUUUGUUGUGUGACUAUAUUUACACAAUGCAAAUCGUGUUGUCUAUUUUCUAAUGUGACAGCGUAGUGUAGUAAAUAUAUCGCCAUGGGAUUCAGUGAUAAGCACAAUAAUGCUAAUGGAAAAGACCCAGAUUUUGGUGCAAUCUUUAUUUCGAAUAGUGACACAAAGAGAGAAAGCUUCCGCAGGGGAUUAUUUGGCCUUCUGUCAACUGAAAUCCAGUUUGUAGAGAAGGUUAAAGCCGGAAUGAUUUUUUAUUCUUAUUGAAUAUGAGAAGAGACAACUUCACGGUGUGUUUAAGGCUUCCUGUGAUGGGGCUAUAAAUAUUGUGCCUAAUGCCUUUGCAGCAGUGGGGAAGCAAUACCCUGCUCAGGAUUAAACAGAGAUACAAACAUUUUGGGCCUGGUGGAAGUGUGGGUCUAGUGUGGCGAGCCCAAACAUUGCUUCCCUCCUUCAAUUCAAAGUCAUUCUUCCGUUUCAUUUCGUUGCUGCCAAAAUCGCUACCUACAGUGGCUCCACCAAACUCAUAGCGUUGAGAUUCAAUUUCAAAGAAUUUAAUACUGUUUUUCCGAAAUCUCUCUGUUAGAAUGUAGAUAUAUGUUGAAAGCUCGUUACUCUUCCUUAACCAAUUAGAAGAGUACUCCACAAUUCAAAACUGUAACCACCCAAAAAUGGCAUUGCGUUCGUGUGUCACCCUUAUCAUCUUCCUACUUUCUUUUUCCUUUCUCGCGUCUCAUGUUGCUGGAACUCAAAUUAUCUCCAAAUCCAAGUUGGAGAAGUGCGAGAAGAACUCCAACUCCGAUAAUCUCAAUUGCACCACCAAAAUUGUAGUCAACAUGGCUGUUCCCAGUGACUCGAGUGGAGGAGAGGCUUCAAUUGUUGCAGAAUUGGUGGAAGUAGAGGAAAAUUCAACCAGAAAGAUGCAGACAUUGCGGAUUCCGCCUGUGAUAACGGUCAACAAAACUUCUGCAUAUGCAUUGUAUGAGUUAACAUACAUAAGAGAUGUUCCAUAUAAACCUGAAGAGUAUUAUGUUAAAACACGCAAAUGUGAGCCAGAUGCUCGUGCGAAUGUUGUGAAGAUAUGCGAGAGACUGCGAGAUGAAGAGGGUCAUAUAAUUGAGAACACUCAGCCAAUAUGUUGUCCAUGUGGGCCCCAGCGGCGGAUGCCUUCAUCAUGUGGAAACUUCUUUGACAAAGUAACAAAAGGAAAGGCCAACACUGCACAUUGUGUACGUUUCCCAGGUGAUUGGUUUCAUGUUUUUGGCAUUGGGCGACGAACAUUGGGAUUUAGUGUUCGAAUACAGGUGAAGAGCGGAACUCAAGUUUCGGAAGUGGUGGUGGGACCUGAAAAUAGAACAAUGAUCUCUGGUGAUAAAUUUUUGAGGGUUAAUCUUAUUGGAGAUUUUGUUGGGUAUACAAAUAUACCAUCUUUUGAGGAUUUCUAUCUUGUUGUACCAAGGCAGGGAAGCUUUGGUCAACCACAAGAUUUGGGAAGAAACAUUUCUAUGUGGAUGCUACUUGAGAGAGUGAGAUUUACCUUAGAUGGUAUUGAAUGUAACAAAAUCGGUAUUAGCUAUGAAGCUUUUAAUCAACAACCAAACUUUUGCUCUUCACCCUUUUGGACUUGCUUGCAUAAUCAACUGUGGAAUUUUUGGGAGGCGGACUUGAAUCGAAUGAGAAGGAAUCAGGUGCCACUCUAUGGUUUGGAAGGAAGGUUUGAAAGGAUAAACCAACAUCCAAAUGCUGGGAGUUAUUCUUUCUCCAUAGGAAUUACAGAGGUUCUCAAUACAAAUCUUGUGUUAGAAUUAAGUGCAAAUGAUGUAGAGUAUGUAUAUCAAAGGAGCCCAGGAAAGAUUAUAAGUGUUAGUGUCCCCACAUUUCAAGCCUUAACUCAAUUUGGUGUUGCUUCAAUCACAACUAAGAAUACUGGUGAGGUGGAAGCAUCAUAUAGUUUGACGUUUAAUUGCUCCAAGGAUAUCACCCUGAUGGAGGAGCAAUUUUUAAUAAUGAGGUCUAACGAGAUUACGACCCGAUCAUUCAAAAUCUACCCAAACACUGAUCAAGCUUCAAAAUAUUUCUGUAUAGCCAUACUAAAAGAUUCUGAUUAUAAUGAAGUUGAUAGAGCUGAAUGUCAAUUUGCUACUACAUCAACUAUUCUUGACAAUGGAACAGAGGGCAUGCCUUUUCAACCACUAGAGACCGGUAUAAAUGGUUUUUUUGAUUCUAUCGAAAGAAUAUGGAAUAAACUAUGGAAAAGCUUAACAGAAUUUAUCAGUGGAAAAAGUUGUAGACAAAAAUGCUCUGGAUUUUUUGACUUCAAGUGCCACAUACAGUAUGUAUGCUUGAGUUGGGUGAUGUUGUUUGGUCUAUUUUUGGCAAUUUUUCCGACAGUGCUUGUGUUAUUAUGGCUUUUGCACCAGGAAGGUUUAUUUGAUCCUUUUUAUGACUGGUGGGAAGAUAUAUUAGGUGCUGAUGAACAGACCAUUGUGGAUAAACAUAAACUCAAAAUUGACAAGGGACAUCACCAUUUUCAUGAUAACAAACAUCAUCACAAGCAAGAACUUGGGCACCCUAACUAUAGUGCUCAACAUAGGCAAAAGACCAGUUAUGAGCAUAAGCACAAGCAUUCUGAAAGGAAUUCUGAUUAUUUUGAUGAUUUACACCAUAUUCAUAAAGAAAUGCACAAGCGUGGACAUAAAAAAAAGAAUAUGGAUAAUGUGCAACAUGUUGUUGACCAUCUUGCACAUCACAAACACAAAAAGAAACAAAAAAGUUCAAAGAGACUAGAUAAAGUGAUGGAGCUAAAGCAUGAUAAAGUGAAGCGAGAAAAUCAUGACAAACAUAAACAAGUUCUGCUAGAGGAGCUAGAGGCUUAGUAGAUUGUAGCUCGAAUGAAUAAUUUAAUGUAUAUUUUUUUUUAAUUUUGGACAUGAAUGUUUAACCGCAACUUAAUAUUAA